AUGAUGAAAGAUUUAGCUAAAGAAUGUUCAGCAAAACAAUGUUUAUUACAAUUGUUAGAUGAAGAACAACAAAGAGAAUCAGAACAAGCUUUAGAAGAAGAACGUCCAUCAUCUGUCACGCCAUUUCAAUCAAUUGCUGUCAAUAUUUCAACUUUCAAAAUUUCUCCAUUAAUUGGAUAUCUUAGUGAUGCUGUUCCUUUUCUCAUAUCACUCGAGUGGUUGGUUCAUUUACUUAUCUUUAAUGGUACUCUUUAUUUUGAAACAGUUGACGAACAAACAGUUUAUUAUCAAUGUUUAAGUUUAUGUCCCAAACCUCGAUCAAUGGAAGAAGAAGAAGAAGAAGAAGAAGAAGCAUUUAAAAACGGUAGGAUUACUGUCAAUGGUUUUGUCAGUAGUUCUGAAUAUCGCCAUCAUUUGCAUUUACAUCAAGUUCAAUUUCAUUCUAAUCUACUAACAUUUAUCAAACAAAUAAUUGAAAAUCGAAAUAAUUCACAUGCAUCUAUGUCAUCAUAUGUUGGUAGUUUUAUACGCAAUUCAUUCAAACUCAUUUAA